CACGUACAACGGUACAUUGGCCGAUCUCAUCCGCCAGAAGAUCAGCUCCAUGAAUGAUCUCGGCUACGGGUUCACCGCGGAUCGGGUUGCGUUCAAUCGGGACAGCCUUAAAAUCCCGAUUAAGUACAUUGAAAUUUACGAGGACCCUUUAAGGGACCAGGAAGACGUCGACGAGCUAUUGAAAAUCAAGGUUGAAGACUCGGAGUCUUUUCUGACGCAUGCAACUGGUCGCUGGAUUCAUGACGAGGACGGCUUCAUACCACAGCGUUACCAAUUUAAUCUGGAGCAGCAAAAGGCGUAUAUGGAAGCAAAGUUUCAGAGGUGUUUAGAGCGAUGCGGACAUCUCCCUGAAGAUGGAAAGAGGCCCCGGAAGUGGGUCGAGAACUAUAACCCCAAGGAUGAAUGGACCGAGGCGCUGCGGACAUGGGCCGCAGAUGAGUUUGAUUAUGACCAAAGAUUAAAUCCUUAUCACAUUCUGCGAAGGUUAUCUGACGGAGACAGCCUAGACCAGAUACGCUCGGAACUGAGGUCGGAAGAGAAUAAUGGUUAUCGCGUAAGCCAGCGCGUGCAGCCUCUAGAUCUUUUUAUGAUGGAGGUAGAGGAGGACCAAUGCAUCUGGUUAGAGACAAUUUUUUAGCAGCGAUAUGGCAUAUCUCUGCACGGAAGGAAUGGAUGCUACAUGGAUACUGG